AUGAAUGAAAAUGGUCACCUACGCAUCCGAAUUUUGUUUUGCACGAAGAAUUCAGAGAUAAGUGGGUCGAAAUGGAGCUUCGAUAGCAACCAGAUUUGUCUUAUCGGUAAAUCUCGGGGGAAUGUCAGUAAGUCUCAGAGGAAUCUAUGGAAUUUGUGGCUACGCAUAAUUAUUAAUUGUUAUUAUCCAGCAGUUCAGUAUUUUUUCACGACUGAAAAAUAUGUUGAUAUAUUAAGGAUUUUUCAUUUUGCAUUUCUACUGCUUAUAAGGAUUCUAUCUAUUUGCUACAAUUUGUUAAUUCAUAGUUUUAAUGAUAUGAGUGACAAUGAUCCACCACCAGUACUUACAAAGCAAACUACAUGUGAUAUCACCUCGACUACGGACAUUUCACUAUCAACUGUGACAACAUGUACUACUGCUACUACUACUACUACUACUAAUAAUAAUAAUAAUAAUAAUAAUGCAUCAGCAUCUAACAGCAAUGAUUCUUUUACAAAAGCAACAACUGUUGUCACACCUUCAUCAUCAUCCUCUUCAGUUUCCGAUUCAAUGCAGGUUACUUCAGCCUCUUCUAACAUAUCUGUGUCAUCAUCGAGUAAGAGCGUAAUAUCGGAUACCAAAAAUGCAGCUAAUGUUAGCGCUGAAGGUAGUGCAGCAGCUGCAACAGCAACAACAAUAUCAGCAAGUAGUAGCAAUGCCGAGACGGCUUCUUCAACAUCAUCAACACCACAACCAGCUCCAAAAAGUCGCCGUAAACCAACAUCUCGUAGUAAAAAGGACUCCACUGAUAAGACAAAAACUUCGACCGCAGUCGUCAGUUCAUCUUCUGCUACUCAAAUGGUUCCGCAAGCACCGUUAAUGCUAACUUCUGCGUCGCCUGGACAGUUCAUGCUUGUUCACCAUAAUGGCCAAUGCUAUAUGAUGUCGGCAACACAAUAUUUCGGUACAAAUCAACAAAUUGCAGCUGUUAGACCGAUGCCUUCACAGCAGCAAUAUGUGCAACCAGGUUUUGUGACUAAUAGCGCAACGUUGGGACAGCUUGCACGAAGUCUGGCACCAAAGCCAGCAUUACCAGGACCGGUUGCCGUAGUAGCGACCAGUACACAUAUGCCAUCAACUGCAGUAACGACAACAACUACUACAACAUCAUCCACUGUUGGACAAGGAAAUGAUGGAUGCCUAAAACGAUCAGGUCAACAGCAACAAUCCCCGCAACAAUUGGGAACCGCAUCAGUGCAGCAAAUGCAACCAUCAAUGUUUCCUCAAGGAAUCCAACUCCGUACACCACCAGGUUCAUCAGGUAUUGUCUUCCAAAUGCCAUCCGGAGCAUAUACAUAUGUUCAUCAGUUGGUUACCCCUCAACAGCGCACUUCUACUGCGAUACCUCAACAACAAACAAUUCCAGCUUGUAUUGGACAAGCGGUGGCACCAACUACAGUCGAAUCGAAAAAUAAGCAGACAUCAAGCAACGUCGGCAAGGAAUCUGCAGCCGAAGAACAAGAAGACAGUAAUGCUUCGCCAACUGCUGACAGAGAAAGUCAUCCACUGAUUGAGAUGGUUUCAGUUCCGAAUAAGCCAUCAACAACAUCUGUCAAAAGCAGUGAAACUUCAUCAAAGAAUGUUAGAGGUGGUACUAAACAUUCGGGAAAUGGACGAAAAACUGGCGCAGUGAAAAUCGCGACACCUCAACCAAUAGCUCCUACAAAUUUGGUACCAGUUGGUGCUCCAGUUCCAAUGAUGGUAAUGUCUGCUCCAAUGCCUCAGCUAAGUUCUUUUGGGGGACAUGCAGCAGUACCAUUCAUGGCACCAAAUGGACAAAUCAUACAUCAACAACUGAUCGCAAAUCCACCCGUACCAACGCAGAUGAUACCGGUAUUUCAACAACAUCAGCAAACUACUCACUUUCCUGUUUCCCAGUCAGCAGCCCAAGUUAGAGGACGAUUUGUAGACUCAGCUUCUCAUGAUUCUCACAAAACAGUUGCGGAUGAUGACAGUGGUUAUGUUGAUCCUGGGAUCGAAAAUGAGCCUCCACCGCUUCUUGUUCAGGGAGAAUCGAAAGAUGCUCUCGAUAUUCAUAUGAUGUUCACGAAAGAAGCCGAAAGAUAUUAUCAAAGAAUGGGACGAAAAGGCAAAAUUGUUCAUUUAAUCGAGGGAUUUGAAAUUGAGGAAUCAGAUGAGCCUUUUCCAUGUGAUCCACCUUGCCGUUUAAGUGAUUGGCUUUUAUCCGAAAUAGAAGAUAAGAAUGGGAGAAAGGUGUCCAAAGAAUGUAAAUGGAGCACAUCAUCAAAGAAAUUAGUCGGUGAGAAAGAUACAGAACCAACAUUAGAAAUAAGCACUGAAAAAGUGGAGGUUAAAAAAGGACGCGCAAAAACAUCUCCAACAAAAUCUGAAGCGUCUAGUGAAAAAACAGAAAAGAAAACUCGUAAACGUAAAACAAACGAGCUGGAUCGAUUACUACAAAUGGAUUUUGGACCAUCUCAUGGUCGUCUUUCUGAUAUUAUGCAAAAAUCAGUUUAUAAGCCAACCAAAGAAAGCAAAGAAACUCUGCUGCCGCCUCCACUACCACCGCCAACAAAGGGCUGUUUGACAAAGCCAAAAGGACGACCACCAUCUUCAUCGGUAGAUAAGCAAAAACUGGAAAAAAUUGAAGUGAGUGAACCGGUAAUGGAAAGAUUCAUUAUUGAGGAUGCUGUGGAUAUCUCACCAAAAGUUGUAACUAAAAAGUGUGAAGAAAGUCCAGCAACUGCAGAUCAGUCGUUGAAUUCUUCAUCAAAAAGUAGUGCUGAUACAGCUACUGGCAGUUUGUUAGUGAGUUUUUCGGAUGAAGAGCUUGACACUGAAAGAUGUAACUACUGCAACGGUUUGCUGCGUCUUAAACGUCUGGAAAAUCAUCCGCAGUAUUGCUCGAAAAAAUGUCGUAAAUUAUGGAAGAAGAAUCCAACAAUUAGUGAAGAGCAAGUUGGGCGCUCAUUCAAUGCAUCACCACGACUACCAUUUAUUCGUUCAACGGAUACAUCACCCAUUAAUAAAGAUAUCAGUCCUACAGUAACAGUGCAUAAUCUCAGUAUAGUUUCAGAGCCAUCUUCUUCAGGUAGUACCAUUGAUUUGCAGCAGCGAACACCUCCAACAUUAACGCUAAAAAUGGUCUCACCUCAACAGGCAGAAAUUGUAAAAUCUCCUCGGGGGUUGUCCACUUCGUAUUCGUUAGGUGAGUGUAGUAAAGUGCCGUCGACAUCGGUUUCUCCAGCUAUUGCUUUAGCUUCAACGGUUGAUCAUGCACCGAUGGAUUUCCUUUCUAGGCCAACAAAAACAUGGACUUGUGAUGAAGUGGCAAGCUGGGUAUCAUCGGUAACCGGUAAUGAGGAUUGUGCGAAUACUUUUCGUAAUCAGGAUAUAGACGGCCAGUCUCUGUUGUUACUGCCAGAUAAUGCUCAUAAUAAUUUGGUAACGCUACUGGGAUUGAAACUUGGCCCAGUAGUGAAAAUUUUGAAUGCACUCAAAGAAUUAUCAAGCAAAAGUAUCAAUGCCACAUAA